AUGUCACUCACACUCGCUGCAUCAGUGGCCGGUACGCUAGCGGCAGCUGCUUACCUGGACGCUAAACAUCUAAUCCGCCAUGACCUGGCCCGCGGAUCGGCUGCUGUCACAGCACAAGAUGCCAUCCAAGCUGCCACUGAGAGGUGGCAGCAGGACAAAACACUCAUGUACCAUCUCCUGGAGGACCAUGCGCAUGGAGCGAAUAGUGAUAAUGUGUUUCUUAUAUUUGAGGGCCGCUCAUGGACCUUCAAACAGUUUCUUGAGGACGUACAUCGGGUCGGGAACUGGCUAAUGAACGAUUUGGGCAUAAAACGGGGCGAGUUGGUUGGAUUGGACGGCGGGAACUCGCCUGAAUAUCUCAUGUUGUGGUAUGGACUGGAGUCUAUAGCUGCGUGUCCGUCGUUCAUCAAUUGUAACCUUACGGCAGCACCACUGGUGCAUUGCGUAAAGUUGUGUGAGGCGAGGUUCUUGCUGGCGGAUCGAGGGACAGAGGAUUUGGUAAAACCUUGCGAGGAGGAGCUUAGACAGGCAAAUGUGCAGACGAUAUAUUAUGACCCGGAAUUUAUUUCCUCACUCAAGGAUACAACACCUACCCCACAGGAAAGGCGAGCAGGGAUUCAAAUGGAUGAUCUAGCGUUGUUGAUAUAUACAUCCGGAACGACCGGUUUACCCAAGGCCACAAAAUUUGUUCGAAAGAAGGAACUAAUCACUGCUCGAUCAGUUAGCAAAUACCUAGAUCUCAAGCCAGGAACGAAAAUGUAUUCGUGUCUGCCGCUCUAUCACGGCACAGCACACGGACUUUGUCUCAACCCAUCACUGUAUGCUGGAUCAACCGUGGUUCUCGGCCGCAAGUUUAGCCACAAGACUUUCUGGCCCGAAGUUUGCGAGUCGAAGGCCGAUAUUGUACAGUAUGUUGGAGAGCUGUGCCGGUAUCUGAUAAACGCACCUCCAUCUCCGCUGGACAAGAAGCAUAAUGCAACAAUGGCCUGGGGGAAUGGCAUGCGCCCGGAUGUUUGGGAAGUUUUCCGUCAGCGCUUUGGCAUCAAAACGAUCAACGAACUAUAUGCAGCCAGCGACGGCAUAUCGUCAACCUUCAAUGCCAACAGAGGAGAUUUAGGGCGCGGUGCGAUUGGAGUGCGGGGCUUGCUCUGGCAUUGGAUGAAUGGAGAUAACGAAAAGCGGGUGAAAAUAGACAUUGUAACGGGGGAAAUCCAGCUAGAUAAGAAAGGGGUCCCAAUUAUAUGCAAAGCCGGCGAGGAGGGUGAGACCCUCUUCAGAUUGGACCCCGCAGCACCCAAUGCAGUGUUUGCGGGAUACUUCAAAGACGAUGCAGCGACCGAGAAGCGCAGAAUACGAGAUGUGUUUCGAAAGGGAGACAUGUGGUUUAGGUCAGGGGAUAUGAUGCGCUUAGACCCGAACGGUUGUCUCUACUUCGUCGACCGUCUAGGCGACACGUUCCGGUGGAAGAGCGAAAACGUGAGCACAAACGAAGUCAGCGAUGUCCUGGGGAAAUUCGAUCAGAUUGCCGAAGCGAACGUCUAUGGUGUUGAGGUUCCCCAUGCAGACGGAAGAGCUGGAUGUGCGGCCAUCGUGUUGGCGGAGGGCGUGACGCUGGGUUCGUUCGACAUUGGUAGACUAGCCAAGUAUGUGACUGGAGUGUUGCCUCGAUAUGCUGUGCCGAUUUUCCUGCGUGUUGUGUCUAGCCUUGAGACGACGGGGACGAUGAAGCUACAGAAGGUAAAGUUGAGAUCAGAGGGAGUUAACCUGGACAAGAUAAAGGAGAACGGCACGGGCGGCAGUUUUUACUGGCUCCCAGCUGGUGAGGAAAGGUAUCUCCCCUUCGAGACAGACCAGUGGGAGAUAUUGAAGGCCGGAGAGGUUAAGCUCUAG